CCUUCUUUUUCUUGAAGGUUUCAGAGAGCUUCUGAUCAGUAUUGAGUCAUGGAUACUCUCAUCCGAAAAAAAAUGUUACAGUCCAGUCCACAAGUAUAUUUUGUGAACGCCAUUCGAUUUGUUUAUUCGCGCCAUUGAUAUCAUAUCUCUCGUCCCAAAAUGUUUCACUCGGCUUGCAUAGAUAUCUUUCGUCGUCGUCGUCGUCAACUCGUUACAGCCAUUGAAGAGGAGCUAGCAAUCGAUCGAUCGAUCGAGUGUCACCAUGAGCAAGCUCGACUACUGCUUCAGCAAUGACUACAUGGUGCUGCGGCCGGACAGGGCCGGCCCGCUGGAGCUCCUGCACCUCCUCUUCUCCCCCAAGGUCGGCCGGAACAGGGCCGUCGACUGCUUCACCAGCACCGAGGUGCACAGCUUCCGCCGCCGGCUGUCCAUCUUCGUCAACCUCCUCCUGCAGCUCUUCCUCCUCUCGCUAGUCGGCCCCGCCGUUGCUGCUCUCGGCGGCGCCCUCGAGUUCGCGCUCAACCUCGUCAGCAACGUCCUCCAUGGGAGAAUGGAGUAUCCCGAUCGGAAGUCGGCGUCGUACCGAUCGAUCACCGGGUUCAUCGAUCCGAGGGUUGAUUUGGAGAGGAGCAUCCAGCCGACGGACAGCCGGUACCACGCCGCGCUCUGCGUCAUGGCGUCCAAGGUGGCCUACGAGAACGAGGCGUUCAUCCGCGACGUCGUCACGCGCCGCUGGCAGAUGGAGUUCGUGCAGUUCUACAACUGCUGGAACGAUUUCGAGAACGGGUACACGGCGCAGGCGUUCGUGUUCUGCGACAAGGCGGCGGACGCGGAGCUGGUGGUGGUGGCGUUCAGGGGCACGCCGGCGCUGGACGCGGCGCGGUGGUGCGCCGACGUGGACCCGUCGUGGUACAAGAUCCCGCGGCUGGGGCGCGCGCACGCGGCGUACACGCACGCGCUGGGCGCGCAGCGCAACCUCGGGUGGCCCAAGUGGGUGGAGCAGGUGAAGGGCAAGCCGCAGCGGGUGUACGCCUACUACGCCAUCCGCGACGCCGUGAGGCGGCUGGUGGAGGCGAGCGGCGGCAGGGCGAGGGUGCUGGUCACCGGUCACGGCUCCGGCGGCGCGCUGGCGGUGCUGUUCUCGACGGUGCUGGCGUACCACAGGGAGAAGGCGGUGCUGGACCGCCUCGCCGGGGUGUACACCUUCGGCCAGCCGCAGGUCGGCGACGCCAUGCUCGCCAUGUUCGCCGAGAGGAACCUGGACAGGCCGAGGAAGAGGCACUUCCGGAUCACCUACGGCGACGACCCGCUGCCGCGGCUGCCGGACGAGAGCUCCGCCGCCCAUUUCCUGCACUUCGGCAUCCGCCUCCACUUCGACAGCUUCUACAACCUCAAGGUGGUGAAGGAGAUACCGGGGGACGGGAGCUCGGCGGCGCCGCCGGCGGCGGUCGUGACGAGCCGCCUGAACGCGGCGUGGGAGCUGGCCCGGAGCGCGUACCUGGGCUACUGGAGGAGCGCCUACUGCCGGGAAGGGUGGCUGCUGCUCGCGAUGAGGGCGGCGGCGGUGGCGCUGCCGUCGCUGCCGUUCCACAGGGUGCAGGACUACGUCAAUGCCGUCACGCUCGCCGGCGGCCGCAUUCCCAAGGACAUAUGACGACCGCUGAUUGCUGACGAUCGAACGUAGUAUCCAUGGCUGCAAACCUAGCAGCGUCUGCAUCUGCGUGCAGCCAUGGCGUCUGCUGACCCAGAGGCCCCUGUCAUACUGUAUGAUAAUAAUUAAUAUAUAUAUAUAUAUAUGUGUGAAUUAUUGUUGUAUGUAUCUUUUAGAAAUAAUAUUUAUAUAAAAAACAUAAUAGUAUGUUUCAGAAUUUCUGUAACUAGUUUUACAAUUAGUCUAUUUAAGUGCACAAACAUCUGCUGUGACAUGGGCUAAAAAACUUUAACCACAU